GAUCAUGCUAUGUACAGACCAACGGCACACAUUAUCUUGGCCUUUGCAAGUGCACAGAUGAUGAUAUGUAUACUUAUUCAGGUAGUCAGUGUGAGAGUAAAACUUAUUCAUGGAAAUUGUGGACAAUCAUCGCUUCUGGUGUAGGAGGGGGAAUCAUUGUUAUUCUCCUCUUUGCCGUCGUCAUACAGUGUGCAAGGAAGAAAGCGGGAUCAUCUAAUCAAAAAUAUGGCUAUGAUUCAGGGUUUGACGACCGUGAGAAUUUGAUGUAUGAUAGAAGGUAUGUUAGCCCAGACGAAUACCACAGAAAACCCCUACCACGGGACGAAGACACAGCGGAUCAAGUGAACUUACAGUCCUUUGAGAACCGGGGUUAUGACCACUGGGAACCAUCAGACAGCAAAGAUACCUAUGCUUCCAUGGACAGACACUUCCAAGAUCCAGCCUUUCAUGCUCAGAUAACAAGACCAAAGCUAACAACAAGUAAAUACGGGACUGAUAAGCUUACCCCAUUUUGACAACAAAAUGAGAUUGGAACUCAACAACCAGAACGUCCGUCCAUACUUUCUUCUGGAAGAAUGAAGGAGUCCUAAAUGAAACGAAAGAUAAAAAAAGACAUGAAUUCUGAAGUGUUCAUUGUGAAUUAUCUCUCUACAACUUUGAAAUAAAUCCUCAUUAAGCUGUAUGGCAUGGGCUAUAAGUGAUGUUUGCAAAACACUUCAUAAUCAUGUUCGUUUAAGUUCGAUAAUUGUUACAUUCUAAUAGAUGAUAUUAAAAUAUAAGAUUUCUAACUUACAGAUAAUAUAAAAUAUAAAUAAUGAUGUGAAUAUGAUAAAUUUUCUUUUU